GGUAGUGAUGUGGCCGCGUGGACCGCGGCGGAGCGAUCUGCGCGACGACAAAGAGCACGGAUGAGACGUUAGCUUCCCAAGUUAGCCCCGGCGAGCUCGCGUUCCAGGCGGCGCGGUGCGGCGCGUGUGCGUGCUAUGCUCGACGCUAGGCUAACAACAACAAAAUACUUUAUUUUAAGCCUUGCUUACUCUAUUUAUACCCGUACGCGAGCAUGGAGAAGAAAAGGUGGGAUUGCAGUGCUCUCCCUAAGGGCUGGAAAAUGGAAGAAGUGACCAGAAAGUCGGGUUUGUCCGCCGGGAAAAGCGACGUCUAUUAUUUUAGUCCAUCUGGGAAGAAGUUCCGGAGCAAACCUCAGCUGGCCCGUUACCUCGGCAACCAGAUGGACCUGAGCUCUUUCGACUUCCGCACGGGAAAGAUGCUGAUGAGCAAACUGAACAAGAACCGCCAGAGGAUGCGCUACGACAACAACAACCAGAACAAGGGUAAACCGGACCUGAACACGUCACUUCCAGUCAGACAGACAGCCUCCAUCUUUAAGCAGCCCGUUACUAAGGUUACGAACCAUCCCAGUAACAAAGUCAAGACAGAUCCACAGAAAGCCGUGGACCAACCCCGUCAGCUGUUUUGGGAGAAAAAACUAAGUGGUCUGAAUGCGUACGACAUUGCAGAAGAGUUGGUGAAAACGAUGGAGCUGCCUAAAGGUCUCCAAGGUGUGGGUCCAGGCUGCACGGACAAGACUCUUCUGUCUGCCAUCGCCAGUGCGCUACACACCAGUGCCGCCCCCAUCACCGGACAGCUGUCUGCUGCCGUGGAGAAGAACCCUGGCGUGUGGCUCAACACCACGCAGCCGCUCUGCAAGGCAUUCAUCGUCACUGAUGAGGACAUCAGGAAGCAGGAGGAGCUCGUGUACAGCGUGAGGAAGCGUCUGGAGGAGGCGCUCAUGGCUGACAUGUUGGCACAUGUGGAGGAAGCGGUGGCCAGCGAGGGCGACUCAGUCAAGGACGAAGGCAACUGCAGCGAGGACAUGGAGAGCGUAUAGCGCAGGUGCUGCGAGCUGAGACAGUAGUAGUAUAUUUUUCCCAAGGUCUUCAUCAUCUUCACGAACAUGGGACAAGCCCUUCCCGACCCUGAUGAGCAUCUCCGCCCAAACACUUGCAGACUGACUUAACCGUGGUGUCCGUUAUGGCCACUGGAUGACAGCAACGUGUGAAAUUACCCUUACCCUAAACCGGAAGUGACAUCCUCAGAACUAUUCACAGAAUAAAUGUCUCAGCCAGUCUUGGAUAAGAUGAAUAUUUAAAAAAAAAAAAAAAUGUCUCCCCUUGACAAUCAUGUCAGUUAAAGGUUUGGGUGCUUAUUUAAGGAAGAUUGGACGUUUAGCAUAUUGCGCUGCCGUCUUAAAUUUUAACCAUGCCCUUUUUGUGUACCUCAAAAAUAGGUGGCGGUUAACGGAACAUUGUCUCACACAUCAGUGUUAGAGUUCUCAUGAUCGUAAGCCAUCUUUUAACCGUUUCUGUUUUUAAAACACAUGCCAUGGUGGCCUCGUCUAUAUGCAUAUCUGGUGUCAAAGAAAGUCAUGGUCAAUACUUUUUUAAUGUCAUUAAUAUUUUAUGAAUCAUACUUUUAUUUUUUUCCUGGUUUGUUGAUGUUUAACGGUAAAUAUUAAUAGUUCCUGCUGAAAUUGUCCGUUCAAUAUCAGGAAGGUGAAUGCUGAAUUUGAUUGUAUUGCUGAAUAAAAUUCACUAUGCCAUAAAGUCCA